UCUUUCUGGGAAACUACAAACGUUCGGUGACGCUGGUAUAACGUUUCACCAUAACGAGUGUAUAUAUAUACAUAUAUAUUUUAUAUUUCGUAUUAAUUUUGAACUUUUGCAAAAAAUAAAUCGAUAUUAAAAGGCGUAUUUGUUAAUUGUUCCAACUCCUCACAUUCAUGACGUGCGAUUUUUGUCCACGGAAGUGCACCCAACAGUUUCCAGCAUGCUUCCAGCUCUACCCUGGUUCUACCGAGAAAAAGAACCCCGGCAAUAUACACGAUCUCCAUCUGUUUGCACAACGUAUUAAUCCGAAAUAUUACGAUGGCAUCGAAUUGGACUACGCCCAUCGACUUGCGGCCAACAAAAUUAUCACGUGCAAUUGGUUGUGGAGUCACACUCGUCCUUCGGGAUUUCGUUUUGGCGGCAAUUAUUCUCUACGACUAUAUGAUGAUUUUUUACAAACGCCCACCAUCAUGGCAGACAUCAAUCCAACAACACUGGCUUCCAAUGUCAGUAUCAUUUUUUUCCCGCACCACGCUUUACGACUGGAAGCAGCCAUGCAACGUGCUGCCGAAGAUUUGCCGUUAGAAACUCAAACAACCAUCGAGCUCAUGCGUCCAUCGACGACACUCACCUGGAACUUGUAUAAUGCCCAUUCGCAGAGGGGUCGCAGUACCGUAUCUCUAAUGCGUUCGAUUACUAACUCGUGGGCGCUCGGUGGGGAGUUGCUGCUCGAAUGGACCGAUCCGCGUUCACUGAUAACCGAAGCGGCACUCGCUGCACGAUAUAGUAAGCAUAAUUACCAAAUAGCGGCAUCCGCAUCGCGACAGGGUCUUGAUAUCAGCUAUUGGCAGCGUAUACACCAACGCAUACAGAUGGCAACCAUGUUCGCCUGGCAUCGCAAGACACAGAAAACUAUCGCCACAAUUUGCUAUCAAUGGGAUUUUGAGGAUUCUGUUGUGCGCAGCAUGGUAAACUCUGACCUCUCCGUGGGCUUUCAGUAUUACCGUUCACUUCCACAUAUUCCGUGCGGCAUGGGUUUGAGUGCAUUGAUUAGUUUAUUAAACAAUCGCUUGGCAUUUGGUCUUAAAUUUGUUUUGGAUCCCAGUGGGCAAAGGCGCGGAGACUAAUGA